GUCCUUUUAGACAGGGUUCUUUGCUUCUAUUAAUAAUUCUAUAGUAACAAAAUCCCUGGCUCCAAAUGUUGGGCUCCACCUACAACAUUUGUAUUAAUUUCAUUCGUAUUAGCUCCAUGCUUCGUGUGUGCGCACAACACCUGCCCUUGAAAUCCACCGAUAACAUCGUAAAGGGCUACGGGUGGUAAAUCAGACUCAUUCCUCUGGUUAUUUUUGUUGUUAUAGAGGCAACACACUUGUUUCUAUUUCACAAUAUUGCUGUCACGUCCGUUUCAUUGUUGCGCUUGUGAUGUCAGUGGAUUUAGGUGCCCGUCACGAAUGCCUGAAGAAUAAUGAUGUGUCUCGUCAAUGAGCGUUUCUGUGUGGGUUCUAUGUCCUUCAGUUUUGUGGCUGGAUUCUGAUUUUACCCUCACUGAAAACACCUUGGAUUGUGGACUCGGGAUCGCUGCUUUACGUGCAGCCCUGAACACAAAACCUGCGUUUGUUUUGCGCGGAUUGUGUAGCGUGUUUUAUUCUAACUUUAUGCACGAAAUGGAAUGCAGAGUAUUGUCAAUUCAGAGUCAUGUUGUCAGGGGAUAUGUUGGCAAUAAAUCGGCAUCAUUUCCGUUACAGGUGCUGGGGUUUGAGGUGGAUUCAAUCAACUCGGUACAAUUCUCCAAUCAUACAGGCUACUCCCACUGGAAAGGCCAGGUGCUGACCGCUGACGAGCUACACGUCCUCUACGAGGGGAUCAAGCUCAACAACGUCCACCACUACGACUAUGUUCUCACAGGGUACACUCGAGACACUUCCUUUCUGGAGAUGGUUGUGGACAUCGUACAAGAGCUGAAGAGGGCCAAUCCUAACCUUGUGUAUGUGUGUGACCCGGUGCUGGGGGACCAUGGCUCCAUGUACGUUCCUGAGAACCUGCACCCGGUCUACAAGAACAAGGUAGUGCCAGUGGCCGACAUCAUCACACCCAAUCAGUUUGAAGCAGAGCUCCUGACAGGGAAGAACAUUAGCACAGAGAAAGAUGCAGUGGAGGUGAUGGACCUGCUCCAUAAGAUGGGUCCUGACACGGUGGUCAUCACCAGCUCUGACCUGCCCUCGCGUCUGGGUGACCGCUUCCUUGUGUCCCUGGGCAGCCAGAGGACGUUGAUGCCUGAUGGUACCAAGUCCACCCAGAGGGUCCGUAUGGAGAUCCCCAAGGUGGACGCUGUGUUUGUGGGGACAGGGGACCUGUUUGCUGCGAUGCUGCUGGCCUGGACUCACCACUACCCCAACGACCUCAAGACUGCAUGUGAGAAGACUUUCUCAGUCAUGCAUCACGUUAUCAAGAGGACCAUCUCCUAUGCUCACGAGUUAGCAGGGCCUGGCCGAAAACCCAGCCCACCUCAACUGGAGCUGAGAAUGGUUCAGAGCAAAGCGGACAUCGAGGACCCCGCCAUCGUGAUGGAGGCUACUGUCCUAACCCUAUAGAGCCCCCACAUCCCAUCCCCCUCCACCACCCACCCCUCCACCCGCUCCACAACCGCACAAUGUAUAGGUGUUGUACAUUUUUAUCUGUAAUGUGACAUUGCCUUAGAAAUCUCUUACAGAGCACAACAUUUCCAUAUGAGGAGACUUAGCAGGGUAUGGAUGGACAGACUGGGGGGUGAGCAGAGGAGGGACUGGGGUGGGGGCUACUGCACCUCGCGCACCUCUCUUUGACAACCUGGUCUCUCUCGGUCUCUCUUCAUCUCUCCCACUCCCUCUAUGAGCUCGCCUAACCUCUUGGUUUGUCCUGCACACACAGCUUCACAGCCCAGCCCAGGCCUAGACUAUUCCAAGGCCAGGCAUCACAAGGCUUAGGCCUAUUGGAGUUGCAGCACUAGCUAACUAUGGUGGCAAUGUGGUGGCCCAGGCUAGCUAAGGCCGAGGUUAUAUCUGGUAGAGGUUGAUCGAUUAUGAUUUUUCAACGCCAAUACCGAUUAUUGGAGGACCAAAAAAAGCCGAUACCGAUUAAUCGGCAAAUUUUUAUAUAUAUAUUUGUAAUAAGGACAAUUACAACAAUAAUGAA